UUCCAUGCCAGGAAGAACAACGGUUAUCCAACAUGAGGUCCACACACCCCCGGGGGUGUGUGUCCGGGUUAGGUCCUAUAGGAUCCCGGAGGCCCAACGGAACGAAGUCGUUCGCGAGGUCGAAGCGAUGAAAAGGCUGGACGUCAUCGAGGAGUCCUCGAGUCCGUGGAACAGUCCAAUUGUGAUGGUGGCCAAACCCAACGGAACUUGGCGGUUUUGUAAUGACUUUCGUCAGCUCAACCAGGUAUCGAAAUUUGAUUCAUAUCCUAUGCCUAGAGUCGAUGAGUUGAUUGAAAGAUUAGGUUCGGCGAAGUACUUAACUACUUUAGACCUCACAAAGGGGUAUUGGCAAAUUCCCCUCAGCCCUAAGUCUAGGGAAAAAACUGCAUUUGCCACACCCCUAGGACUGUUCCAAUAUAAGGUAAUGCCAUUUGGAUUGCAUGGCGCACCCGCCACCUUCCAACGGCUUAUGGACAUCAUAUUAAGACCUCAUGCACAGUAUGCUUCGGCUUACAUCGAUGACAUUGUGAUAUUUACCGAUUCGUGGGAGACGCAUCUUGAAAAAGUGAACGCCGUAUUACAGUCUUUACGGGAAGCAGCAUUAACUGCAAACCCGGAGAAAUGUUUUGUGGGCUUACAGGAAGCGCAAUACUUGGGGUUUGUCGUAGGGGGCGGUAAAGUCAAACCACAAACGAGCAAGGUAGAGGCAAUUACAAAUUGGCCGAUACCAAGAGAUAAGAAACAAGUACGAGCCUUCUUAGGGUUAGCAGGAUAUUAUAGACGGUUUGUGCCGGAGUUUUCCUCCAUUGCCACACCCCUUACAGAUUUAAUAAAAAAAUCGGCCCCGGUCCGUGUUAAGUGGAGCCCCGAGGCUGAUAAAGCGUUUAAAGCUAUUAAACAGAUACUGUGUGACAGCCCGGUGUUGAAGGUACCCGAUUUUUCCCAGCCUUUCAUAUUACAGACAGAUGCAUCGGAAUUCUAUCUAAUCCAGACAGAAAUCAUGUCACAGAGGAAGAAAUACAUCUGUGGAGACCAGAGCUGA